GGCCGCGCCGCGGGGACCACCGAGAUGGGCCGCCUCCGGGCGGCCUAGAGGGGCGCUCGACGCCCGUGCUCGGUUCCGUAUCGGCUUUCGGAGACUCACUUCUUGGGGUUCUGAGGGAAACAGGCUCGGUUCAGGCGAGUUCUUCGUGCCAGUCUCGUCCGGCACCAGCUUCCUCGCUUUCCUUAGCGAUUCGUCAGCACCCCGCCCCUGAACUCGCCUCUCUGACCCGGUGCUCGGGUGUCUGGGCCUCGCAGAAGCCGCCGAGGUGGCGGCGGGGCCUCCUAGAGCCCUGGUCCAGUCCCUUGCCCACCGAGGCGUGAUCGUCUUUUUUGUCCUAAAGAAGUUGGCCCAACUGCCUCCCGUGCCCGCUUUUAAGGUUCUUGCUCUUCCAAACCCAGAAGACAGUGCACGGAGCCAGGGAACAUCAGCCAUGCUCCAAACCACUUGGCCUCAGGAGCCAGUGACCUUUGAGGAUGUGGCCGUGUACUUUACCCAGAACCAGUGGGCCAGCCUGGAGCCUGUGCAGAAGGCCCUGUACAGGGAGGUGAUGCUGGAGAAUUAUGCAAAUGUGGCUUCCCUGGAAGCACUUCCAUUCCCCACACCUGUUCUGAUCUCCCAGCUGGAGAGAGGGGAAGCACCAUGGGGCCCAGAUCCCUGGGAAGCAGAGAUUUUGAGAGGCAUCUGUCCAGGUGGUGAGUCCUGGACUAAGACAGAAGAGCCAGUGGUAAAGCAGGAAGCCCCUGAAGAAACAGAGGUGCACAGCAUGCCAGUGGGAGGGCUUUUCAGAAACGUGUCUCAGCACUUUGAUUUUAAAAGCAAGGCACCAUGGCAGACUUUCAGUCUGAAUCCCAAUCUAAUACUUCGAGGUGGAAUGAAGUUCUACGAGUGUAAAGAAUGUGGGAAGAUCUUCAGAUAUAACUCAAAGCUCAUUCGGCAUCAGAUGAGCCACACUGGGGAGAAGCCCUUCAAAUGUAAGGAAUGUGGCAAAGCUUUCAAGUCCAGCUAUGACUGUAUCGUACAUGAGAAAAAUCACAUCGGCGCAGGACCCUACGAAUGUAAGGAGUGUGGCAAAGGUCUGAGCUCCAACACAGCCUUGACCCAGCAUCAGCGGAUCCACACGGGCGAGAAGCCUUAUGAGUGUAAGGAGUGCGGCAAGGCCUUCCGUCGGAGCGCAGCCUACCUUCAGCAUCACAGGCUACACACUGGGGAGAAACUCUAUAAAUGUAAGGAAUGUUGGAAAGCUUUUGGGUGUAGGUCACUUUUUAUCGCCCACCAGAGAAUUCACACCGGGGAGAAACCCUACCAGUGUAAGGAGUGUGGCAAGGCGUUCACCCAGAAGAUUGCUUCCAUUCAGCAUCAGAGAGUUCACACCGGAGAGAAGCCUUAUGAGUGUCAGGCAUGUGGGAAAGCCUUCAAGUGGUACGGCAGCUUUGUUCAGCAUCAGAAAUUGCACCCCGUGGAGAAGAAGCCUGGCAAGGCCCUCAGGCCGUCCCUGCUGUGUCCCCAGGGCCCCUCUUCAGCCUUAGCUCCCAUGCCUUUCCAGGGCCCCUGCUCUGCUCCGGCUGUGGCCAUGCCUUCACUGGCCUUGCCACACGCCGUCCUCAUCCCUGCCUCUGGGCCUGUGUUCAUGCUGCUGCCCGCCUCUGGAGUCCCUUCUUCUCCUGUCCAAAUAGUACGAGUCUUCCAGGGUCUUCCUCCCACUGUGAAGCCUUCCCCAGUUAUUCUGACCCCUUCUCCUCACCCCUCGUGAGCUCUGUCUUGGCACUUCUGUGGCUGUUACACACAGCAGAUCUCCAACCUAACUUAAGCUUGAUUUGUGGCUUUUACACCGUACAUGUGUUACAGCUGUUUCGGCAUAAACGCCAUUGUAAUCGAGAUAUAUUUAAAGACUGUGUUUGUAUAAUAUAUUCUGUUUUUUUCUGGGUAGAAAAUGGAAAUACUUGACCUUCAUGUUGGUCCCUUUCAGGCUUGAACAGUAACGGCCGUGUCUGCAUUGUUAGGCUGCUGGUGGUCGAAGUGCUAAUAGGACGCUUUGGUGAAUUAGGGACGUUUGAGAGAGAGGACAUCCCCGCAUUAGGCCCCUGUGAUUAGAGAGAAGCAGCCUGGGAGAAACAGAGGAGGCAUUUAAGACCUGUCAGAGUUGAGAAUUGGAAUGAGCUUCCAACCAUAGCCUUUAGAAAUGAAUGCAGAUUGUUCAGUGGGUGAAGGUGUUGUGUAUUGAUGCAGUUGAAUGAGCUUUGAGUUGGGUUGCUAUUGACACAGAUCAUUGAGGAUCUUGUACGUCUCUGCAAAAGAUCAUUUGAAAUAACCAGUUUAAAAACAAAAAAAGAAACAUGCAGUGAUAACAAUUAUUUAUAUGAUCAAUAGCAAUCAUGUCUUUAAACAUGAAGUUGUUUUUUUUAAUCUUUAGUUUUGCUCUUGAUAUCUAAAUGUUUCCUUGUAACUUUGGUUUCCUAAGUAAAUAUACACCAAGGCAUUCAUCUUUGCUCCAUCCGUUGCAUAAAUUUUUCUUGGUGUGCAUUCUGGUUUCCUGUUUGCAAGCACUGGUUUCUACAUUGACUUUUCUCCAAAUUGUAAACAUGAACUUUGGCAAAUUACUAAAGAAAUAGGAGCAGCUGAUUUGGGGGAAAUCUGAAUAUGCCUGCAGAAUUGUAUUUUAGGAAUAAAGAGGGCUAUGUAACGGGUCAGUGGUUAAGCUUAUGUGACAGGUUAGUGAAGUGGAAUUUUGGAUUGCUCUUGCUUUUGACCUUAGGUGAGAAUCUUUUAUAACUGUGCAAAGGACUGUGUGAAGUAAUUCCUGGAAAAAGAACUUGAGUUAUGCAUUACAGGCACACCUUGUUUUUUUGCACUUCACUUUAUCCAUUUCGUAAAUACUGUUUUUUACAAAUUGAAGGUUUAUGACAAAACUGCAUUGUUGGAUAAUGGUUAAGAUUUUUUAGCAAUAAAGUAUUUUUUAAUUAAGGUAUGUUCUUUUUUUUAGAUAAUGCUAUUACAUACUUCAUAGACUAUAGUGUAAACAACUUUUAUAUGCACUGGGAAACCAAAAAAUUCGUGUGGCUUGCUUUCUUGCUAUAUUUGCUUUAUUGUGGUGGUCUGGAACUGAACCAGAAGUAUCUCUGAGGUCUGCCUGUAUUAGCACUAAUAUAAAGUAAAUCCUUAAAUGUUGAUGGAAGGGGCCAUACAUUUUUUUAAAGUUGCUUUUGCUGUCUACAUGUGUCUCCAACCUUUACAUUAUUGGUUCUUAAACUUUACCAUGUGUCUGAAUAAGCUGGUGUAAAAAGAGUAAUUUUCUGGCCUAACUCUCGGAGAUUCUGAUUUUGGAUAUCCAUGGUGAUGCCCAGACCUUUAGUGUGGACCACACUUUGAGAGAGGUGCCUUGAGCAGCAAAUGCCUGGGGGGUGUACCUUGAUGAAGAGCUUGCCCAUUUCACAGUGAUCUUCAGGAGAGAAACCUCUAAAAGUAGUUUGGGUGGUAUCAGUUUAGAAGAAGAGAGAAAAGUAAGUGAAAUUUGGUCUGUAGGGAAAAAAAGAAAGGGGCAAAGAGAACUGAUGUAGCUUACGAAGAGUUCUUGAGGUCUCCACUGCCAGAAGGUUCGUGGGGGUUGACAUUGGUUACCUUUUGCUGUUUUUGUGGUUUAUUUGCAUGUUGGAUGAAAGAAUGAGGAAAAUUUUUUUCUUAUAUAAAGUUAGUACACUUCAAAAUAGCUCUUGGGUUAAAGAGAGCGCAAAGUGAAAGCUGCAGAUGAUUUAGAACUGAACAGCAGUAAGAAUAGAUCAUAGCAGGGUCUAGGGGAUGUGGCGAAAGGUGGUACUUGGAGCAAUGUUUACAGUCUUGGAUGCAUUCUUUAGAAAAUGAGUUUGAAGGCUUGCAAUUCAGAAGGUUGGGGUGGGGGGUGGGAUGGUGCUGGGAAACAAAAAAAUUAACCAAAACCUAAAAACCAAACAAACAGACCACCAGCCCCCUUCCCAAUAAACUUAGAAAUAAGAUACACAA